AUAACCGUCCACUGCCUGGGAGACGAGGCAACGUUACGGAGAUGGCUGGUCUACGAUCCCCGUCAGAGGGUGCAGGGCUGGAGGUUCGCCUCCUACAUGUUACUGCACUCGAACGCACUUCACCUCGCACUCAACGUGGUCAUUCAGCUGGUCUUGGCUACUCCACUCGAGGUGGAGCAAGGACGAAUAGGGGUAGCGACAAUCUAUUUGGGCGGCGGAGUUUGCGGCGCUUUGGGAGCCUCGCUUCUGCAACCCAGUCUUUACUUGGUCGGCGCUUCGGCAGGCGUUUAUGCAUUGCUCACGAGUCAUCUUGCUCACCUUUACCUGGUAAACGCGACAAAAAGUUUCUCAAUUUCUAAGAACGCGAAUCUCAACUGACAUAAACCGUCCGUCAACGACUUUGCCCGCUAAAAGUCUGCGCAACGUUGCAUGCCACGGUAUAAGGAAAAGAGAAAGAACAAACAAAGGACUACAAAAGAUGCUACAUUAAAAAGCGUUGUUUAGCCAGAAAAAGCCAGUUUUCGCUCGAGAUAUUCUCGUGAAUCUUAUUUAAUAGUAGCGAAUUGUGGAAAAUGUGACAGUAUAGUAAAAAUUUUUGAUAAAAUAUCUACUCUCGUACAUACGAUCAAAGUUUUUGAUUAUAUUAACUGCUUCAAAAAAACAUUGGAAUUAUCUAUUCUUUUAAGAGAAUUUAAUAAAUAUUUAAU